AUGUCGUCCAGCAAAGGGGCGGGGGCUGGAUCUCGCCGGCGCCGGACGCGGUGCCGUAAGUGCAAGGCCUGCCAGCGGACGGAGUGCGGCGAGUGCCACUUCUGCAAGGACAUGAAGAAGUUCGGGGGCCCGGGGCGCAUGAAGCAGUCCUGCCUCAUGAGGCAAUGCACGGCGCCCGUCCUGCCUCACACGGCCGUGUGCCUGCUUUGCGGCGAGGCCGGGAAGGAGGACACGGUGGAGGGGGAGGAGGAAAAGUUCAACCUGUCGCUCAUGGAGUGCUCCAUCUGCAACGAGAUCGUCCAUCCCGCCUGCCUCAAGAUGGGGAAGGCGGAAGCUGUGAUUAACAAUGAGAUUCCCAACUGCUGGGAGUGCCCCAAAUGCAAACGAGAAGGGAAAUCCAACAAGGACUCGGGCGGCGACGGGGCCGGGAAGCGCCGGGCGGACAACGGGGAGGACGGGGUGCGGUGGAAGCUGACGGAUGAGCUGGCCCAGCACAAGAAGAAGCUGCUGCCGGCCCCGCCCCCCAUGGAAGAGCUCCCCGCCAGCGCCCACAAGCGCAAGAAGGAGAAGGAGCUGCCGCCCCCCGACACGGGGCCCAAGAAGAAGUUGAAAGGCGGGCGGGAAAAACACUUGAAGAAGAAAACCAAGGCACCUCAGGGACCGCUGGAGCCUUCUGCCCAGUCGGACAAGUCUCACCAGCGGGAGAAGCUGGAGCGCUUCAAGCAGAUGUGCCAGAUGUUGGAGCGGGUCAAGAACAGCAGCAGCUCCAGCUCCAGCUCCGACUCGGACUCGGACACGGACUCGCGGGGCUCGGAGGGCUCCAAAGGAGAACCACCACCGGGCCGCCAGCAGGGGGAGCGAGCGAGCCAAGCAGCAGGCCGGGGGCCGGAAGGGCGGCCGGCCGGCCGGGCAGACAGGCCUGCACAUGGUGGCCCGGACUCAUUCCUCCAGUGGCCUCUGGUGCCCUCGCCCCCCAAGCCCCUGCUGCAAUUGGAGCGGCACGUGGUGCGCCCGCCCCCCGACAGCCCCGAGCCGGACUCACUGCCCCUGGACAGCGGCUCGGACCACGUCAUGCAGCGCGACGUCUGGCUGGCCGUCUUCCAGCACCUCAGCUACCGCGAGCUCUGCGUCUGCAUGCGGGUGUGUCGGACCUGGAGCCGAUGGUGCUGUGAUAAGCGCCUGUGGACCCGCAUCGACCUGAGCCGCCGGAAAUCGAUCACCCCGUCUAUGCUGAGCGGCAUCAUCCGCCGGCAGCCGGCCAGCCUCGACCUCAGCUGGACCAACAUCUCCAAGAAACAGCUCAUGUGGCUCAUCAACAGGCUACAGGGCCUGCGGGAGCUGGUCCUGACGGGCUGCUCGUGGUGCUCCGUCUCGGCGCUGAGCACCGCCAGCUUCCCCUCGCUGCGGCUGCUCGACCUGCGCUGGAUCGAGGACGUCAAGGACUCGCACCUCCGGGAGCUGCUGCUGCCACCCACGGACAGCAAGCCAGGUCAGACCGAGAGCCGGGGCCGGCUGCAGAACGUGUCCGAGCUGCGCCUGUCGGGGCUGGACAUCACGGACUCCUCGCUGCGCCUCGUCGUCCGCCACACGCCCCAGCUCGCCAAGCUGGACCUGAGCCACUGCAACCACGUGGGUGACCAGUCCGUCAACCUGCUGACCGCUGCUAACUCCCCCCUCCGCGACAGCCUCGCCGAGAUCAACCUCUCCGGGUGUAACCGCCUGACGGACCAGUGUCUGCCUCUCUUCCGACGCUGCCCGCGCCUCUCCCGCAUCGAUCUGCGCUCCUGCCGCCACGUCACCCCCGAGGGCUGCGCCCGCUUCUGCGAGGACUCCGGGCCCCCGGCCCCCCCGCCUGCCGGGCCCCCCUUCCGCUGCCCCGAGGAGAAAUUGCUGAUCAAAGACAGCUAA